GUUUCUCGCGUUUUUGCCGCGCGUGCGCUUCAGUUGAUCUUUCCGAGCGCAGCAUCUACAACAUGGCUGACGUGACAGCGGUGGACGGAGAUAAACUCAGCAAAAAGUCUGUCUGCUGACUGGUAGCUCAGAAUGCUGUGUCUGGUCAGGGCAGCCAGGCAGCAGCUGUGCCAAGCCUUUGGGGUCAGGGGACAGUGGUUAAAAUGUGCCCCCCCAUGUACAGCUGCGGUCCCAGCUCAAAUUUACGGGAUCCGUUGGAGAGGUGACAAAAGUGAGCUAAAGAGACGAAUGAAAGCUGACAAGAAGGCGGCGGAGAAAGAAGCCAAGGUCCGGGAGCAGGUGGAGCAAAAGAAGGAAAGCAACGACCAAGGAGCGCAAAAUGCCUGUGCAUUGGACGAGGAGACGCUUGACCCAAAUCAAUACUAUAAGAUCCGCACCCAGGCCAUCCAGGACCUUAAGGGCACAGCGGAGGACCCGUACCCUCACAAGUACCAUGUAGACUUGUCACUCACAGACUUCAUUGAGAAAUACAAUCAUCUUCAGCCUGGAGACCAGCUGACUGAUGUUGUUCUCAACGUGUCAGGUCGCGUCCAUGCCAAGAGGGCCUCUGGCGCCAAGCUGAUUUUCUAUGACCUGCGAGGUGAAGGCGUCAAGUUGCAAGUCAUGGCCAACUCAAGGAACUACAAGUCUGAGGAUGCCUUUGUGGCCAUCAACAACAAACUGCGCCGUGGUGAUAUUAUUGGUGUACGUGGUAACCCGGGGAAGACCAAGAAGGGGGAAUUGAGCAUCAUUCCCAUGGAAAUGACCCUACUGUCACCAUGUUUGCACAUGUUGCCCCAUCUCCACUUUGGCCUCAAAGAUAAGGAAACACGAUACCGUCAGCGCUACUUGGAUCUGAUCCUCAAUGACUAUGUGAGGCAAAAGUUCAUCACUCGCUCCAAAAUCAUCACAUACCUGCGCAGCUUCCUGGACCAGCUGGGAUUUUUGGAGAUUGAGACACCAAUGAUGAACAUUAUUCCUGGUGGAGCUGUGGCCCGUCCAUUUGUUACUUACCACAAUGAGCUGGAUAUGAACCUGUACAUGAGGAUCGCCCCUGAGCUGUACCACAAGAUGCUUGUGGUUGGUGGAAUGGACAGAGUGUACGAGAUCGGUCGUCAGUUCAGGAAUGAAGGCAUUGAUCUUACUCACAAUCCAGAGUUCACCACCUGUGAAUUCUACAUGGCGUAUGCAGAUUACCAUGACUUGAUGGAUAUCACAGAGAAACUACUCUCAGGAAUGGUGAAGCACGUCACUGGAGGAUACAAGGUGACUUAUCACCCUGAUGGUCCGGAGGGACAGGCCUACGAGAUUGAUUUCACACCGCCAUUCAGAAGAGUGAGCAUGACACAUGACCUGGAGAAGAUCUUGGGAGUGAAAUUCCCUCCUACUGACAGCUAUGACAGCGAUGAGACACGUAAAUUCUUUGACGACCUGUGUGCACAGAAAGGAGUUGAAUGUCCUCCACCAAGAACCACUGCCCGCCUCCUUGACAAGUUGGUUGGAGAUUUCCUUGAGGUCACCUGCAUCAAUCCCACGUUCAUCUGUGACCACCCUCAAAUCAUGAGUCCUCUUGCAAAAUGGCACAGAUCACAGAAAGGCCUAACUGAGCGCUUUGAGCUCUUUGUGAUGAAGAAGGAAAUCUGCAAUGCUUACACUGAGUUGAACGAUCCCAUUAGACAGAGGGAGCUUUUUGAGCAGCAAGCCAAGGCCAAAGCUGAGGGUGAUGAUGAAGCCAUGUUCAUCGAUGAGACCUUCUGCACAGCACUGGAAUACGGACUGCCACCAACUGCCGGCUGGGGGAUGGGUAUCGAUCGCGUCACCAUGUUCCUCACUGACUCCAACAACAUCAAGGAGGUGCUGCUCUUCCCAGCCAUGAAGCCUGACGACAACAAGACAGUGGCGCCCACAGAGGGCACCUCUGUCUAAUGACAUGACCUCUGACCUCUCCUGCUAUCAGAUCCGAGCAGGAGUCGGUAUGGAGUCGGAGCCUUUACCUCACUGUGGUCAUCAGUGGAGCCUGCAGGUUUUCUGUUUUAUCAAUGUUUGUCUGUCAAAGGUUUGAUCUGUCUUUAAGGGAAAUCAUCUUCUCAGUUACAUGGUUGACUGGUAAACAGUGCUUCUUUUUGUUUUCUUUUGUAUUUCUUACACUUAUGCGAUCAUAUUUGCUGCAUCCUCCUCGUUCGAUUGUAAGGACACAUUUUAAUCCUCAUUGACAUCCAGACAGUAAAUGGGUGGUAUGAUCAGGAAGUCGUGUGUGAUCUGCUGUUGUACUUGGAUAAUAAUAUUUUUGAGUAUACAUUGAGAUACUUGAAUGGGGGCUUGAUUCUGGCUACCAAAUACAGAGUAGAUGCACCACAUAACGAAGCUCAAGCACCUCUAAUGUUGUAAAUGUUCUCAGUAUAUUCAUCUGUUUUUACCAGGUCUGCUUGUAUUCCUUGUCUAAAAAAUUUUCAAACUAGACUCCACAAAUCAAUGUUCCUCUGCCAAGAAGUUUAAAACCAUGGGUAUGUCUGAAUAAAGCGCAUAUGAGUCAACACUG